AUCGAUUUGAAUUCCACUAACUUGAUUAACAUUUUAAACCAAGUUUAAGAACAAAAAAAAAAAAAAAAAUUGGAUUAAACAUGAAGUCUAACUUGAUACGGUAUUGUAUCGAGUAGGGAGUACACUGUAAACCCCGUUGGGAAUUGGCCAAGCAAACAGGGCCUUAUUGCUUAUUGUAAAAAACACACUGACCCAACGGCUAAGACGCAAGAUACAACUGUCAAACCCAAAACCUCGCCACCAAAAUGCACCACCACCAACUGACCCUGCCACCUCCAUUUACCCCUAAUGCCACCGCAACAACCAUCCUCUCAAAAGACCACACCAGAACCAGUCUUUACAUAAUCUUAGCCACCUCCUUCUUUUCCCUCCUCUUCAUCCUCUCUCUCCCUUCCACUUCAUCCACCUACUCUUCCCAAUCCUUUAUCAAAAUCCGACGCGACCCCGCCCUUUUUCCCAAUCGGCCCAUCUCCCUGGCCGAGAUCCCUUCCGGGCCUACCCCUCCCUCUAUUGCUUACCUCAUAUCAGGAUCCGUCGGCGACUCGGCUCGGAUCCUCCGCCUCCUCUUCGCUUCCUAUCACCCGAGAAAUCAUUACCUUCUUCACCUUGACCUGUCUGCUCCGCAGGCUGAACGUGACCGAUUGGCCAUCACAGUCCAAUCAGUGCGCAUUUUUAAAGCUGCCCAAAAUGUCGACGUUAUAGGGAAAGCUGAUUAUGCUUACCCAAGAGGAUCCUCCACAAUCUCUUCUACUCUUCACGGUGCCUCCAUUUUGGUGCGAUUGGCUUCAAAUUGGGAUUGGUUUAUCUCUCUCAAUGCCGGUGAUUACCCGCUUGUUACACAAGAUGAUCUUCUUCACAUUUUGUCAUACUUGCCAAAAGAUCUCAACUUUGUGAAUCACACCAGUUACAUCGGCUGGAAAGAGUCCAAGAGAUUGAAACCAAUAAUAGUUGAUACAGGGCUUUAUCUUUUGGAAAAGCGUGAGAUAUUUUAUGCAACUCAGAAACGGGAAUUGCCUAAUGCUUUCAGGUUGUUUUUAGGUUCAUCUUUUACAAUGUUAAGCCGUAGUUUCAUUGAGUUCUGCAUCCUGGGUACAGACAAUCUUCCAAGGACUUUGCUAAUGUAUUUUGCUAACACACCUUACUCAUACACAAAUUAUUUCCCUACUGUCCUUUGUAACUCUGAUCAGUUCAAGAACACAGUGAUAAACCAUAACCUCCAGUAUAUAGCCUUCAACAAAUCCUCUACGAAGAAGUCUCCCCCAAUGAAUUCUGCUGAAUUUUAUGCUAUGAUUCAGAGUGGAGCUGCCUUUGCAACAGAGUUCCAGUUGGAUGAUCCAGUACUUGACCUUAUUGACCAGGAAAUUUUAAAACGCAGCCUGGGCAAAGUCAUACCAGGCGGAUGGUGCUUAGGUGAGCCAGGCAAUGACACAUGUUCAGUUUGGGGGGAUGCUGAGAUCUUGAGGCCUGGACCAGGGGCAAGAAGGCUCGAAAAACGAAUUGUUGAAUUACUUUCAGAUAGUAGGUUUCAAUCCCAGCAAUGUCUAGAAGAAUGAUCUGAGUCAAUUACCAUGAACGAGAUAUAUAAAAUGGGAGAAGAAAGAACCAGCUGGUGAUGAAUCGUUUUUCCCUUAUUCCAAUACUCACUAUGGAGUUAACCUUAUCUUUUUCGGAGCACUCAAAUUUUUAUCAAGCGCCCAGUUGGUGCUAAGAUUGUUGUAAAGUAACAAUUCAUUUAUUGUACUUGACAUUGGUUUAUUAGCAGAAUAGGUGUAAUUUCCAUGCAUGUGACCAAAUAUAUGGUCUGGAAAUAUUGAAAUUUUUUCAAUGCAUACCACUCUUCUCUGAUUAUUACUAAAAAUUU